AUGAACCUAUCAGAAGAAAAUAACUUUUCAAAUGGCCUUCUGUACGUGGGUUUUAACCAAGAUCAAGGCUGCUUUGCUUGUGGAACAGAAAAUGGAUUUAGAGUUUUCAACAGCGACCCACUAAAAGAAAAGGAACGACAAAACUUCGCAGAAGGAGGACUCUCGUACGUCGAAAUGCUAUUUCGUUGCAAUUACAUGGCUCUAGUCGGCGGAGGCAAGACACCUGUUUAUCCUCCAAAUAGAGUGAUAAUAUGGGACGACCUUAAGAAAGAUUCAGCUAUAUCAUUAGACUUUAAUAGCCCUGUCAAAGCUGUGAAACUUAGAAGAGACCGCAUAGUAGUUGUUUUGGAAAACUUGAUAAAAGUGUAUACAUUCACUGCACAGCCACAAAUGCUGCAUGUGUUUGAAACAUGUCAGAAUACUAAAGGAUUGUGUGUUGUGUGUCCAAACAGCAAUAAUGCACUACUUGUGUAUCCAAGUCGGAAAAUUGGUCAUGUGCAGCUGGUGGAAUUAAAUACACAUGUCGGGACGAGUAAUACACCGGAAGGCCAUCUAAUAUCAGCGCAUGAAGCUCCAUUGAGUUGUUUGGCCCUCAAUGUGGGAGGUACUAGACUGGCAACCGCAUCCACCAAGGGAACACUUAUUAGGGUUUUCGAUACAAACACUGGUCAGAAGUUAGCUGAACUUAGGAGAGGUGCUCAUCAAGCUACAAUUUAUUGUAUAAACUUCAACCACACAAGCACGAACCUGUGUGUUACUUCAGAUCAUGGAACGGUGCAUGUAUUUAGUCUAGAGGAUGAUAAGUUAAACAAGCAAUCAAGUCUUGCAACUGUCAACUUUCUACCAAAGUACUUUUCAAGCAACUGGAGCUUCUGUAAAUUUACCAUACCAAAUGGCCCACCAUGCAUUUGUGCGUUUGGUGUCGAUAAAAGUUCUAUUAUUGUGAUAUGUGCCGAUGGUUCUUAUUACAAAUAUAAGUUCAAUGAUAAAGGGGAAUGUACAAGAGAUGUUUAUGCUCAAUUCCUAGAGACAUCGGAGGACAGAUAA